CCCCCGCCUCUUGACAAUCCUUUCAUCGUUAAUCCUGGGAAUGGACCUCGCGUCAAGGAUACAGAGACAUUCCUUUCGUCGUUCUUCUGCCCUCCAGUGUCCCUUUCAGAUAGGAAUUGCGCACAGUUUGCUCGGGAUGAGAUAUUAACGGUUCUCUAUGCAGUCCUGCCGAGAGAACUAGCCCUCAUUGUGUGGUAUAACAAAACGAGGGAUAUUGAUCGUAUCUGUCCUGCCUGCCAGCGUCUUUAUCGAGUAGGGGAUUCUCUGGUCGACCCGAUCAGUGGCGAACUGGUAGAUAUGAAUAACCCAGAAACACCACCACAAUUGUUCAGGGAACAGCUGUUGAGUGGAAUGUGCUCGUUCCCAUGUUUCUUCCUUGCGUCUUAUUCCUCACACCCAUAUACUACGGAGGUCGCACGAGGUGCUUGGGGCCUACUAUACGACGAACUGCAUGCGCAAACGCGUUCUUUACUUGAUGCGACGGAUCCAAGCACUGCCGCAAUUUUACGAUACGGUUUUGCUGCUUUAACACCGUCGAUGACUGAAGAGUCGAAGAGUGGUUCAGAUGAACGUGGCCUGGGGAGAGCUAUGCGGAUGACGCGGAAAAAGGACUUAGGCCUUGGAGAAGUAUUGGAGGCACUUGCGUGGUACGAAGAGGAGGGACAAAGAUCUACAAUGGGAGAACAAUUGGUAGAUCACACGGGACACAGGUGACUCGGCGGUGGACUCUGAUGAGCGGAUACCAAGGAGCAGUCGUGCCACUUUCUAUUCAGGUCUGACAUACGCAAGGUCAUCCAUGGAUGGACGGACGAUAUCCAGUUUCGUCCUACGAGUGAUACGUGGAGCACCUUAUUCGGUCUGGCCUGCCACAGACGUCUAAACUCUCCAACUUCGCUUGUUUGUUACUCAACACAGAGCGACGCUGUCACACAGAAAUGGGAACGCAAUCAUGGCCGAAGACCCUGCCGACGCUGAGCGAUUUUGGCGCAUUGUCAGUGAUGCAGAGAGGCGCGGGAAAAAUACUCGGUUAUUUACUUGGCACAGCGAACCCGACCGAUGGAUUGUCCCUGAACGCGUCUUCCAAUGUCAUUAUCCGAAUCAACAUCCACUCCUCGUCUAAUAUU